ACCAUUUCCAAUCUGGUUAGUAGAAAUUUGUCAACAACAGCCUUUGAUGUUUGUAUCAAGAUAUCUGAACGCAAACUAUGAUGACAUCUACGGUUUUGUGCAUAUAUGUGCGUUUCAAUUUUGUUAAUUGAAUUGCGUUGGAUUUGCAAGGCCUUAUUUUCCGGAAAAGCUUUAUGUAAACUGCACAUCAUGAGCUCAGAGUUUGGCGAUCUGAACAUCCCAUUUCGCCAUGUGCGAUAUUCGGUAUUCCGCAAGUUGGCAGAUAAGCUUGAUACAGAGAGCUCGGUGAAUGGAAACAACUGGCGCAUGCUGGCUGAUAGGCUGGGCUACACCACUGAGCAAAUCUGCGUGUUUGAGGUGCAGCAAGCUACCCAUGGGCGAAACACAAUCAAGGUGCUACAGGACUACAGUUGUAGUAAAGCAGAUGCCACUGUUGGAGCUGUAUACAGGGCCCUAAAGGAAAUAGAUAGGCCUGAUGCUCUCAGUGAACUAAAGGCUGCAAUACCUGACAUUAAGAAGGAUUAUGAGGAAAGUCGCCACAAGAAUGGCCGCACCCAUGACGUAACUGAAAAUGAGUACAUGUGCAAAUCUUGCGAGGGCAACCCCUACAUGGGGAGUCCAAUCUCUUCAUAUCACCCAUCCCUCCAUGGGCCUUCUUCAACAGGGGUCGAAAACUACAUGUAUCCCAGCAGCCACCACCAGCAUCAUGUUCUGCACAGUCACAGUAACCACACGGCCAAAAAUUACCAGCGCCACAAAAGCAUGGAACCUCCGUGCAGGGCUCCGCGUCUGCCAGACUACGAUCAGAGCAGCCCAGAAUUCAAACGACAGCGCUCCAUGCCACCAACGGACAGCAUGCUAGUCCGAGGCCAUGACAGCAACUCUCAAUACUACCACAACCAUGAAACAAUGGACCAUUCCCCAUCGAUACGGGAAAACGGUGUUCCACCUGCUCUUGCCAUGCUUCGAGGAAUGGCCCGUUUUAACGACAUUAACGUUAAUCCCGUUAAAUCCAGUAUCCAAAGUGUAAAUGACUCAGUUUUCCGGCAGCCCUUUGCCCAGGGCCAGAUUCACUCUUCUAUUCAGAGUCAUCAUAACCCGCAAGCAAGGCCGCAGUUAAAGCUGGACAUGCCAAAAAUGGCAGAAACAUACAAUCUUCAUCAUAAUGACUUCAUCAGCCCCAGUCCAUCGACUCCAUCAACACCUUUGGAGUAUUUGAAACACCUAGCGCACGAGCGACAUAUACAGCCCACGGAGGACUUCAGGCUGCUGAUGAAGCUGAAACAGGGAGGAGGAGCUGCUACAGUCUACAAGAUCGUCCCAAAACCAUUGCUAGCCACAAGCGGUAAAGCUGGACUUCCAUAUGACCCAUUCCUUAGCCCCAUGAAUGGAGGGUGUAGGGAUCAUAUGUUUGCAGAGGGUCAAGGUUGCUCCAAGCAGAGGUCGCCCAACGGGCCACCCAACACGUUCCCUCUGCGACUGAAAUCAGACACAAGAGUGCUCACAAAGUCUGCAUCGGUUCCAGAAAAUAUUAAACCUGGAGAGUUCGUGAAGAGAGCCUUCAGGCAUAUCAAGGUGUUUGUAACGUAUGCAUCAGACGACACUGUGCACACCAAGCGUGUUCUGAAGCUAUGUGAGUGCCUGGAGAAGAAUGGGUUUCGUUGUUGUGUGGACAUCUUCCAGAGGAAACUGCCUGACGACAAGAAACAAGGCUGGCAUAGAGAGAAAUUUGAAGAGGCCGACUUCAUUCUUGUGGUGAUGUCACCAAGGUACCGUCAUGAGACCGACUCAUGCAACGUUGACAACCAUGCGGAGCACAUUCUGGACAGCGACUCAGAAGACAAUUCUGAGAAGUCCAGCAAACUUCACACCAAAGACAUUUACCGGCUCAUGUACCGGGAGUACAUGCAGAGCGAUCAUCGGCCGCAGCGUUUCGUUCCUCUCGUGUUCCCAGGCAUGACCCAGGACAUCAUUCCCUCGUGGCUCAUUGACUCCAAUAAUAAGCCUUUCUAUUUCUGGCCUGACCAGUACAAGGACUUGUUGUGGAUGCUUACAAAGCCAGAAAACCGGGUACCGGACCAGUCCUUGAAAUCAGAUACGGAGGAAUCGGCGCACCAAGAGUGCGAUGUGGAUGUCGAAGAGGAAGGACCAGAAUAGUUGAUGGAAAGUUAAAUGUAUUGCGAUAGGCUACAUUGGAAGUGUGUAUUUCCUGUUAAAAAUCAUUUAUGCUCAUCCAAAUUUCAAUUAGUUGAACGAAAUUGCAUGUUGGGGGUAUAUAUAGCUGACUUUAUCUUAAAGGGAUUGCAGGUGAUGUUUUGUGGUCAGAUGUUGUCUGUCAUUUUUGCUAACUUGUAAACAAUCAUAAUGAGUGCCAUUUCAGAUUGCUUUAAAUAAAUCAAUUUCAUUUGUUGGCAAAACAAUCAUUGUUGGGAUAUUUGUAAAUAUGAAAAUGUAAUCAUGAUGGUGUUAUGAUGUAUUCAGAUUGACUUUAUGGAGGAAUUGUUAAGUGUUUUUUUUGUCUGGAUCUCAUUGGUGUUCUGAUGGUUAUUGAAUCAUUGUGUUGGAAUUCAACAUGAUUUAUUAUUUUUGAUUGAUAAUUGACUGUUUGUGAUUGGUGAUUGACUCUUAGUGAUUUACAAGCAACUGUAAUUGAUUGUUGGUGAUUGAUGAUUGACUGUUAUUGAUUGAUGAUUGACUGUUAUUGAUUGAUUAUUUGAUUUGGGUGAUUGAUCAUUGACUUUUUGGGAAUUGAUGAUUGACUGUUAUUGAUUUAUAAUCAACGAUUUGGUGAUUGAUAAUUGAUUUUGAUGAUUUAUGGUUUACUGUUAUCGAUUGAUGACUGUCUGUCUGUGAUUGUUGACUGACUGUUGGUGAUUGGCAAUUGGGUAGUUUUGUGCAAAAAAAAAGAAUCAUCUGCUUACAGUAAUGUCCCUAAUUUUGCCAGUGCUGACUCUCCGGCCUAUCAAUGACAUUGCCUCUAUGGUAGUUUUCAUUUUAAAGGAAUCUUUUCUAAACCUAAAUUCAUUGUAGACACAUGCUCAUCUGGGAGAAUAUUUUCUUUAUGCACUGAUGUGAUUCCAAUAGUAUUUUCAAACUGUUCUUAUUGUUUACAUAUAUAUAUUUCAGUUAUUAAAAAUGUAAAAGGUUUAAAGAUGUUUAUUAAGUCAAAUAAUACAAAACAAGGCUUUAAUAAGAUAUAUAGUUUCAUUGAAAUUUGGAUCUUAUGCGCCAUGUGAUGGUUUCUUGAUACAUGCAAUCACUAAAUGUACAGGUUAACUUGCAACAAGUAUCUGUGAAUGUACAAGCUGUUAAAUUGAAACAUGUUACUGUGAAUGUACAAGCUGUUAAAUUGAAACAUGUUACUGUGAAUGUACAAGCUGUUAAAUUGAAACAUGUUACUGUGAAUGUACAAGCUGUUAAAUUGAAACAUGUUACUGUGUGCUCUCAAUUUUUACGUCCCAGUCCACAAAUGUUUUCAAAAAUGAAACUUUGCAGAUUUUUUUUAUGAACAUGAUAUUCAAAGCUUAAAAUCACAUUUGCAAUCGGUAAAACAAAGAUCUGCUUCUUUGAAUGUAAUGUAUAAGUGCAUGCCUUAGCUGGGGUACUUCUGGGGUAAAUCGGCAUGUAUAGAGUGUGUAUACUCAAUGUUUACUUAGAACAGGAUGUUUUCCAUGUAACUCGAGCACUUUUAAAAACAAACAUGCCAGUAAUUAAAUGCAUUUCUUACAAAUGGAAUAGUUUUCACUAAACUUUAUGUAAUUUUUUGUCAGUAAAAUUAAAUGCAUUUCUUACUAUUGGAAUAGUUUUAACGGAACUUUAUGUAAUUUUUGGUCAUUAGAACUGAAGGCACUAUUACUUGUACAAUAUAUUUGAUCAUGUUCCAUGAACUGGGGCUUUUAUUGAUGUGAGCAAAUUGAAAUAAGUGAAUGCUUUGAUGUCAGUUUUUAUGUUUGAUUUUCAAUAAUAAUUAUUGUUGAUAAUAAUGCCAGUGGGAUGUGUUUGAUUAACAGGUUUUUGGUCAGCUACAAUUGUGUGCGCAGUUAAAAUGUGUUUUUUAGGCAAUAUAUUGUGUUCCAAUUUAAUCUUUUGAAUUGUUGAUGUAUUUCAUGUAUUGCUAUUAUCAAUUAUUUUCAGGUUUGUUAUUUUAUACCCUGACAGAAUGGGAGGCAUGAAGCUUUGCACUUGUCAGUCCAAACAUUAGUCCAGAAGUUUUUGUUUUAAACUAAUCUUUAACUGCUUGGUGGAUCUUGCUCACAGUUGAAUGACUCUAACAUGUAGGUGAUUGUAAUGUAAAUAUAACAGAAACUUUGGCUGCAAGGCUUUUUGGCAGAAUUAGGGCACUUUUUUGCCACUGUACAUUAUAUAGUCUGAAGAAAACGUUUUUAACUCCUUUAAAACUAUUGUUUCAAUCUCAAUAAAAACUUUCAUAAUUGAAUGACCGUUAUGUGUAAAUGAUGGUAAAGAAAGGAAUUUUGGCUGACUGAUGGCCCUUUGUCUAUUGGUCUACCAUAGAAUAUGUCGUCUAAUGUGUUAUGGGUGACAUAAGUAUCUGUUCUAGUUUUUAUCUAAUAAUCACCCAUAUGUCAAUAAACAUGUUUCAUAUAAAAUAUUAGGAUGUGUACUGUUCUGGUUAAUAAUUUAUAUCAUUCAUGCCAUGACUUCUGAAGAAUUAAACUUAUUCCUAUUACAUGAUCCAGUAAACUUUUUUUUCCAAAGCAAUGUGCCAUAUAAAUGUAAACAUGGGAUCUGGCUGUUUGCUGUUAUACAGUAAUCUAUAAACAAGGCUUCUUUUCCCAAAACCUGGGACAAAUGUGGAUGUAAGGCCAUGUGGCAAAUAGGACGGUUAUAGGACCGUUAUUUCAAUUUUGUUCAUCUGUAGGUUCAUCCCUCUUUCCAACCCAAAAUUCUGGACCCUGAGAUGACUCAAAAAAGUACUUAACACUUUACCACUUAGAAACAUAUUUUCAUGCAUUUGUAGUCCCUUAGAAAGUUGAAUUUAAUUAAAGACCUUUAUACUUAAUUCAAGUUUUAAAGGCUUCAUUUCCAACCUUUAGUUACUGAUGGGCAGCAAACAGCAUAAAACCUGAACAGACUGUGAGUUACUCGCAGACUGUUCUGGUUUUAUGCUGUUUGCACAUAGCUGUUUUCACUUUGCUUCCAAGUGGGAAAGGGUAAAAAUAGGAGAAUGACAAGUGGUUUGUUGAUACUUGGGCCAUAUUGUUAAUAGGCAUGUUAUUUCAGUUCUUUUGUUAGACCAAAACUGUGGAUCCUAUGGUUGAAGAAACUAUUGAAAACAAAUAUUUAAAUAAUGACAUAAAAAGUACAUAAACUAGGUUUAGAAAUCUAACGGAGAUCAUGUUCCUAUUCCAGCAACAUAAAUGCAGUAAUUUACUGCUGAUUAUUUUUAAUAGGUGAAAUAGAUCUGCUUCUUGCAUUUUUCUUGUUUUAGACAAGUUUGAGGAAUUCAGGCAAGCUAGCAAUAUACGAAUCUUGCCCGAACAGACACACUCCUUUCCAAUAUCUCAGACUGAUAAGCGAUUACAUAUCUGUUGUUGAAACUCAUAUUUGUAAAUAUCAACAUACACUUUUUAUUCAAUUUCUGAACAAGAAACAGUUAUAUUAAACAUAUUUAAUGUAUUUAACAUAAGAAAUAAUGCAGGUUUUGUUGCUAGUUUCCAUCUUUUAUUUUGUUUAUUGUUAGUGUACAAAAAUGUACAACUAUUAAUGUAUAAUCUAAUAUGUGCUAUGCUCAAUGAAUCUAGUCAAAAUGUUAUAUCCAAGUGUUUGUAGUUUGUUGAUGGCUUGAUAUAGAGUAUGUACAGAAAAUAAUAUUGAGUAGAUAUCUUGUGGCACCAUCAAUCACAGUCUAUGUGCCUCCACCCCCCCCCCCCCUUUCUCCAUUGAAGAAGGUGCAUCUAUACACUAUUUGUCGUAUUCAUAGAUGUUUUGUGAUUUUCACCUACCUUGAUUAUACCAGUUUUUGCUGGGCAUAAUAGAAAUUUGUAGGAAAUAUUCCAUAAUGAGCCAAAUUAUCACUUGGUAUUCAGUUAUAGCACUUAAAUAAUCUAUUAUUGUACUUUUAGCUAUUUCUAUUCUGCAAUUCAAACCAAUUUCAUCAGAUCUAAAACAAACAUAAACAUGUUGGCAAAAUUAAGACAAAGUUUAAAUGUAAUUGAGUGUUGUCCCUGAUAGGCCUCUGCAAUAACAAAUAGGCCUACAUGUAUAUCCAUUUCUGAAUGCUCUUCAUUAAGCACAUCUGGGAUGUACAUCUCCAGCCAAACAAUAUGUGACUUGCUCUGGAGAAAUUGGGCUUCAUGCUUCAUUUAAGGGAUGUCACUUUCCACUUUUAUGGAUUUGUUUGUUUAUAGGAAGUCACAUCCAAACGAAAUUUUUGUCCAUGCAGGAAGCAUUGCCCCUGAUUAGCCUGUGCGGACAGCACAAGCUAAUCUGUGACAACACUUUAGGUUCACCUGAGUUGUAUAUCUCAGAUGUACUUAAUCAGAAAUGGUUAUGGGCCUAUAUGUUAUUGUUAUUGCUGUGUCUGCAGUGUGCUUUUUAUUUGUAUUUACCAACAUAUGUUAUUGAAAUUGUUUGGAAAUGUUAAAUUUGCUAUUUUUGUGACUCUUUAUUCGAGUUAUUCCAAUAUGAAACUGAGAAGAUACAUUAUUUGUAAUCUUUUUAUGCCCCCGGUAGGGUGGCAUGUAGCAGUUGAACUGUCCGUAAGUUUGUCUGUGGGUCUCUUCAAAAACUUUAACAUUGGCCAUAACUUUUGCAAUAUUGAAGAUAGCAGCUUGAUAUUUGACAUGCAUAUUUAUCUCAUGGAGCUGCACAUUUUAAGUGGUGAAAGGUUAAUGUCAUCCUUCAAAGUGAAAGGUUAAAAAAAUCCAAGGGAAGUAACAAGCUUGAAAGGGAGAUAAUAAAUAUUAAUCAUUUGGCAGGAACAGAUCAUUAUUACAAGGGAAGUAAUAUUUUUUAAAGGGAUAUAAUGAAAGAUUCAUAAUAACUCAAAGCGGCGCAGUAGGGGGCAUUGUGUUGAUGACAAACACUUCUCUUGUUUUUAAUGUAUUAGUAUUUUACAACAUAGAUACAAUUACAAGCUACACAUAUUUGAAAUUAUUUUUUAUGACAUUGAUAAAAAAUGUUACAAUGGAUGCAAAGACUUUAAUUGCUCUAUAGAUCCAUUUAAAAAAAACACUCUUCCUUUAAGUUAUCGUUUAAAAUAAUCAUAUUGGAAAAUCUUAACUUAGAUUAUUCAACAUCACAGAUUGCAUUUGAUUGCUACAUGUUCUUCGUACAUAUUCAGUACAAAGAGCUAAUGGGUUGAGACUGAAGGAAUUUAUUUAUUUGUUGUUGUUUUUUAAGUUGUCAGAUGCAUAGGGAAAUUUCAGUACUGUGACAUUUAGUUCACUACAACAAAAUGUAAGGGUUUUUAUUGCAUUAUGUAAAAUUAGGGUUUAUAGACAAUUUAUACUUUGUAGAUAUGAAGUCAAGUAGUAAAAGCAAUGUUUUGUAAACAGUAGUGUUUUUCUAAUUUGAUGUUGCAAAAAUUCCUAGGAACAAUCAGUUGUUUCCAAACCUGACAAAAUUAGCGAUUUGAUAACGAGUCGGUGAUAAAAAAAAACACUAAAUGCUUAAUGUAGGUCAUAAAGCAAAGUUUUGUAGAGACUCAUUUCUUUGUGUUUUGAUAAUCAAUAGGGUUUCUUAACAAAUUCAUCUGUUUCCUUAUAUUGCAUGCUUUUACAACCAUCAUAGAUAUUUUGAGAUAAUUGUUGAUGUACAACUGACUGAAUACAUUUAUUUAUUGCAUCAAUGUUCAUUGUUUAUGAUGUAGUCUAGUACAUGUGUAGUCAUUAAAAGUUAUUAAAAUCA